AAUCAGAACUUUGACGAUUAUUCGCAACCAGCUCAAUUCAAUACGACAUCAUCAUGGAAUCAACAGUCUACUACUAAUUUUACUGGCGAAGAUGACGAGCCACCGCUUCUUGAAGAACUUGGGAUAGAUGUCAAUAAAAUAUUUACGCGGUUAUUACAUUCACUUGAUCCUACUGGCAGAUGUGGUGUAGUUUUGGGCGACUAUGAUGUAAUUGGUCCUAUUGCUUUAUAUUUAACAUACACUUCAUUAUUACUAUUAGCCGGUGGAAAAUUAAUGUUUAGUUAUGUUUAUGGUCUCGCAGUGUUAACUUCAGUUUGUAUGUAUGCAUUACUUUGGGCAAUGACUGAUUCACCUGAAGUAACAUUAACUUCCACUUUCUCUGUAUUGGGAUAUUCAUUCACACCAGUAGUUCUAGUUGCGCUACUUGCUGUUUUCACAAACCUCAAAAAUAUUUUUGGUGCCCUUGUGGUUCUUUUAGCUGUUUUAUGGAGUAGUACAAAUGCUGCCAAAGUCUUUGUAGCUAUGUUUGGUAAUGCUGAUCAAAAGUAUUUGAUGGCUUACCCUUGUGCGAUUAUAUGUGGUCUUUACACUUUAUUUAUACUAUACUAAAUAAUUUAUAAAAUAUAUAAAUGUUAAUUAAGCAAUGUAUUUAUAAAAAUAAAAUUAAAUGUUGACACUUUUGUAUAAUGCUUUAA